CAGGAGAAGGAGAGGGCAUCUGCAGAGCUCGAGACGCUUCUGACGGACUGGACUAACGCCAUGAGCACGCAGCGCGUGAUGGAGCUGAUGUUCUGCUAGGAACCGACAAGAAGCUGCUGUGGCGUCGCGUGAGGAUCUGAACACCAUGAAACUGCUGUUGAUACUCACGCUCGUAUGGCGCGAGGCGUCGUGCGGAUCUCCGAGUGUCCAAAUCGGCGGUCUGUUUCCGCGGGGUGCAGAUCAGGAGUACAGUGCGUUCAGGGUUGGCAUGGUUCAGUUUGGAAUGGCAGAUUUCAGACUGACUCCACACAUAGAUAACCUGGAGGUGGCUAACAGCUUUGCUGUCACUAACUGCUUUUGUUCCCAGUUCUCCCGAGGUGUCUACGCCAUUUUUGGCUUCUACGACAAGAAGUCGGUAAACACCAUCACAUCUUUUUGUGAGACGCUACAUGUGUCCUUCAUCACACCAUCUUUCCCCGCAGAAGGAAUGAAUCAGUUUGUUCUCCAGAUGAGGCCGGACAUCAAGGGGCCCCUCAUUUCAUUAGUGGAGUACUACAAAUGGGAAAAGUUUGCCUAUCUAUACGACAGUGAUAGAGGUCUUUCGACUCUUCAGGUAAUACUAGACACUGCAGCAGAGAAGAAGUGGAUUGUCACAGCGAUAAAUGUGGGAAAUCUAAAAGAUGAGAGGAAGGAUGAAGCCUACCGCUCCUUGUUUCAGGACCUAGAGAUCCGUAAGGAACGACGCAUAAUCCUGGACUGUGAACAAGACAAAGUCAAAGACAUCAUGGAACAGGUGAUCACUAUAGGCAGGCAUGUGAAGGGGUACCACUAUAUCAUCGCUAACCUGGGUUUUGUAGAUGGCGACCUAUCUAAAAUCCAGUAUGGAGGUGCGAAUGUGUCUGGGUUUCAGAUAGUAGACUUUGAUGAUCCUGUGGUGGCAAAGUUUGACCAGCGAUGGGAGGCCCUGGAAGAGAAGGAGUAUCCAGGAGCUGAUUCACGAAUCAGAUACACCUCAGCCCUCACCUAUGAUGCUGUCCAUGUGAUGACGGAGGCAUUCCGCUUUCUUCACAAGCAGAGAAUAGACAUGAGUCGUCGUGGCAACAGUGGGGACUGUUUGGCCAACCCAGCAGUUCCCUGGGCACAAGGGGUGGAGAUUGAACGUGCCCUCAAACAGGUGCGUGUAGACGGAUUAACAGGGAACAUUCAGUUCGACCAGUACGGGAAGAGGAUCAACUACUCAGUGACAGUGAUGGAGCUGAAGAACAAUGGCCCUGUUAAGAUUGGCUAUUGGAACGAGGUGGAUAAAAUGGUGGUGACAAAGUCAGACCUUUACCCCAAUGAUACCAUGGGAAUGGAAAACAAGACAGUCAUUGUCUCAACGAUCCUGGAAGCCCCCUACGUGAUGAUGAAGAAGAAUUCCGAGCAGUUUCAAGACAAUGACCGUUAUGAAGGUUAUUGCGUGGAUUUGGCUGCAGAGAUUGCAAAGCAUUGUGGUAUACGCUACCAGCUCAGGAUUGUGGGGGAUGGCAAAUACGGAGCGAGAGAUGCAGAAACCAAGAUCUGGAAUGGUAUGGUUGGAGAGCUGGUGUAUGGGAAAGCAGAUAUCGCAAUUGCUCCUCUGACCAUCACUCUUGUUCGUGAAGAAGUGAUAGAUUUCUCCAAACCAUUCAUGUCUUUGGGAAUCUCCAUCAUGAUCAAGAAGCCGCAGAAAUCCAAACCAGGAGUCUUCUCCUUUCUGGACCCACUCGCCUAUGAAAUCUGGAUGUGCAUUGUCUUCGCCUAUAUAGGAGUUAGUGUGGUUCUCUUUCUGGUAUCCAGAUUUAGCCCCUAUGAGUGGACACUAGAGGAGCCAGAGGACGGAGCGUUGCCACUAACAACCGAAUCCACCAAUGAGUUUGGGAUCUUCAACUCCCUGUGGUUCUCUCUGGGGGCUUUCAUGCGGCAGGGUUGUGACAUAUCACCAAGGUCCCUGUCCGGUCGUAUAGUGGGGGGGGUGUGGUGGUUUUUCACUCUGAUUAUCAUCUCAUCAUACACUGCCAACCUGGCAGCUUUCCUGACGGUUGAGAGAAUGGUUUCUCCAAUCGAAAGUGCUGAAGACCUGGCUAAACAGACAGAUAUCACAUAUGGAACCCUCGACUCUGGAUCAACCAAAGAGUUCUUCAGGCGCUCUAAAAUUGCCUUGUUUGACAAGAUGUGGCAAUAUAUGAAAUCAGCAGAACCCUCUGUCUUCGUCAAGAAAACCUCCGAGGGCGUCCUGCGUGUCAGGAAGUCCAAAGGGAAAUAUGCCUACCUGCUGGAGUCCACCAUGAAUGAGUACAUAGAGCAGAGAAAACCUUGCGACACUAUGAAAGUGGGAGGAAACCUCGACUCCAAAGGCUACGGCAUCGCCACGCCAAAAGGAUCCCCAUUAAGAAAUGCUGUGAACCUGGCGGUGUUAAAGUUGAACGAGCAGGGGCUGCUGGACAAACUGAAAAACAAGUGGUGGUAUGACAAGGGAGAAUGCGGCAGCGGAGGAGGGGAGAGCAAGGAGAAAACCAGCGCCCUGUCUCUCAGUAACGUGGCAGGGGUCUUCUAUAUACUGGUUGGAGGUCUGGGUCUGGCCAUGAUGGUGGCUCUGGUAGAGUUCUGCUACAAGAGCCGUGCUGAGGCCAAAAAAAUGAAGAUGAAAUUCACAGAUGCGAUGCGCUCCAAAGCUCGUCUAUCCAUCACAGGAUCGACCGGUGAGAAUGGUCGUGUCCCGGUGGCUUACCUCCGUCCAGGAUUACCCAUGAGCCUCAGCAUGACUGACCUGUCCUGACCUGACCCAUGCCAGUGCCUUACAGCCGCGCCACACAUCCUCCUGCCCUCUGACAGUGAGUGGAAAUGCUUGUCAUCUCCGUUGGUGACCAAUUACCACUCACCAUGGGUGAUCUACCCUGAUUUUCAAUCUGGAGUUUCCCAAUCAUAUCACGCUGAGGACUCCUGAUCUUACUAUUUAUCAUUUCGCCUACAAAGACUGGACACAAGUUGUCCCCCCACCACUGGCUGUCAGGUUUUAGCAAAGACCUGCCGACCUACAAAGUGAAUCACUGAACCAUCAGCAAAAAGAUGGCUGGUCAUUUAUAAUUCAUAAAAAAACAAUUAAGCACAGUGGACAGUUUUUUAAACAAACACAUAAUUGUUUCGUAGAUUUUUGCCAUGGAGGCUUUAGAGACUAAGGACAACAGUGAUGCUGACGAUAAUGCAAUAACAAGAUUAAUCAGGGAUGUGAUCAGGAAUUGUGUGUAUAAAAAAAGAGUCUUGGUUAAAGUGCUUUGAACAAAGACGGAUGUCCUGAAAAAAUCACAUCCAUAAAAUAAUAGUAAAUGUAAUAACAGAUAUGAUAAUGGUGUUAUUGUUCUUAAUUGUUUUUCUUAAUUCUGCCUGAAAAUUCCUAAUUAGUAGAGUCUUUUACCAAACCCAAGGGAUGCAUGGACUGAUAAACGCGCACACACACACACACACACACACACACACACACACACACACACACACACACACACACACACACACACACACACACACACACACACACACACACACACACACACACACUGGUAUUGUACAUAGACUAUACACAGGGAUGGGCGGAAACAAAGCCUAAAAUCCUAAAACUUAUAAGCAAAAAGUAGAACAUCAGUUUUCAGCGGGAAUUUUUAUAAAAAACGUAAGCCAUUGAAAUAGUUUGGACCACUGACACGUUGUCCAGCAGGGUGGACAGCUUGACCCCAGGACAGGGCUUUAGUCUAGUGUUGCAGAGCGCUACAUCAGCUAAUGGCCAGACACAGUUUGGGUUAUGUGGAUGUUCUUUCACUGUGGCUGUUGUCUCUGUGGUACAGUUGACUUUGCAAGCUUUCAAAGGGCCACAUGUUGUAUCCUCCAGCCAAUAAAGCAGCUGCUCAGUCCUCAGGAGGGGUUUGGCUCACAGCCCAGCUAGGCACAGUGACUACAGAUAUGUGCAUAAUUCAAAUAUCAGUUAUGAUGCUGUAAGUUACAUUUGCAGACCAUUUCAAGUAUAUUUUACUUGGGGCAAUAAGCCCCAAUAUAGCGAGGGGCUUGAAAAGGCUGAGACUCAGUUACAGCUGGUCCCUGGUUACACAAGCUUAGAGGAUGGAUAAUGGUGGAACAGCUUGCGGAAUAAAAUAAGUAUUUCAUAAUGUUUGGAAUAAUGUCAAAACAGGACAAAUUAUCUGUGCAGUGUUAUCAAAAGAUAUAUAUAUUAUAUAUAUAUAUAUGUUCAUAUAAAUAUGGUGCUUCAAAUACAAUUUAAAAAAGAUCCUGCCCACCCCUGUCUAUAGGUCAGCUCACAAUACAGAUCCUACACCUAUACACAACCCCACUACACACUGACAUACCUCAGCACAUACACACUUCUACCCUAACAUUUGCACGUGCACAUGCACAUAUUAUUGUCAAAUGAGUUCUAAAGCCAACUGGAUAAUGUGCCAAACAGACUGAGAACCAAUCAGAGCUCUCCAUGCUCAGCCAAUGGCAGCUGCUGAUACUGAAACCUGAGCCAAUGGGAGCUCUCACUGCUGUGAGAUGGACAAGAAACUGUGAAAAAGUCCUUCCUUUUAAUAAACAUACUGCAUUGAUGAUGGCAUCGAAGACGAGGAAGCCGAAGAGAGGAUGAAGAAAAACGUUUGCAUGUCACUUUAAGUUUUUUCUUUACGAUAAAUUCACAGCCGGAAGCUUUGUGCCUGGCUGCAUUUUAAUGUUUAAUAAUAAUAGUAAUAAGAAUAAUAUCAACGACUUAAUUGCAGUAAUAAUGUGGUUCUUGUUAUGUAUAGUGUAUGUUUUUAAGAACUCAAGUAUGCUAUUUUCUUUCACCAGGAGGCUGUUAUUAAUGCUAUUAGUUAGAGGCGAGCUGGUUAACUUCUCCCACAACAUUCAAAAUGUUGAGAACGUCUGGUUUGAGAGAAGCUGAAAAUGUCAUGGUUCUUCUGACAUUUCAUAUCUUAGACGCAUAUCAUUUUUGCAAUGACCACAUGUGGUCAAUAUCAUGGUGGUGUUAUCAAACACUGAUAGAUAUGUGGAAAUUAUCCCUCAUCACUUUCUUGGUAGUUGCUUUUCACCAAAGUAAAUUAAGAUUUGGAAUGGAUACCCCGAAGAUCCAACAUAAAGUUGUGGGUAUUUUUUGACAUAUGAGUAUAACCACAUAGUAUUUAGUUUCUUUGUGAUCUGACUGUUUCAGUAUAUAUUAAACUUGCCUGCCCUCAAAAUGUUUUUCUAGAGAAACACACAGACUCAUAUAACAUAAGACAUGAGUCCUGAGAUUUGAACCCAUUGCAUUUGUCUUUUGUUUAAAAUGACUUUUGUUUAUGUUGACAAUGAUCUUUAGUGGUCAUAUGAAUUAUGACUGUCUUUAAGGAAUAAAGAGUGUGAUAUGAAAGUGUUAAUAAAAUGCGUGUAGGGAGAAGGUGUGUGACUGA